AUGUGUCACUUAAUCACAACGCAAGAGCUGGAUAACAAAAUAGAAAAAUUUUGGAAACUAGAGGAGAUAGGAAUUCGAAAUACUAGAAAUAAAGAAGACGAAUUAUGUGAAGAGCAUUUCCAAAAGACAUAUCGACGGGACGAGCAAGGUCGAUUUCAAGUAGAACUUCCGAAAAAACAAGAAGUCAUACUAGGAGAUUCAUUUGAGAGAGCAUUAAAACGACUUCGCAGCACAGAAAGACGAUUUAAACAACCUGAUUUAAAGCAAGAGUAUGUAAACUUUAUGAAAGAUUACGAGGCAUCUGGACACAUGUCUCUGUGUGAAGGAAAAUUUAUGGAACGAUAUUACAUACCUCAUCAGCCAGUAAUACGAGAAACAAGUAUAACAACUAAACUGCGGGUGGUUUUUGAUGCUUCGGCCAAGACCUCUUCGGGAGCAUCGCUCAACGACAAAUUAUUAGUGGGGCCAAAUUUACAAAAUGACAUUUUUGAAAUUUUGUUGCGUUUCAGAUGUCAUCAGUAUGUUUUAACAGCGGACAUUGCACAAAUGUUUCGACAAAUCAAAAUGGUAGAAGAAGACAGAGCAUUCCAAUGCAUUUUAUGGCGAUCAGACGAGGAACAACCUGUUAAGGUUUAUACCCUUUAUACGGUAACAUACGGAACAGCAUGCGCUCCCUUCUUGGCGAUGAGAUGCUUAAGAGAAUUGGCGAACCAAUGGAGUCCGGAUAAUCCUAAGGCAGCAGAAAUUUUAAAAGAUGAUUUUUACAUGGACGAUCUAAUAUCUGGAACUAAAACAGAACAGGAAGCAAUUGCAUUGCAAAGGGAAUUGUCCAUGAUAUUACACAGUGCUCAAUUUCACUUGCGCAAGUGGAGAAGCCACGAUCCUACGAUACUGGAAUCUCUAACAGAAUCAAAGGAAAAGACGAGUUGUUAA